UUGUACAAGUUCCAGUGGACUGGUUGCAGUUCACUUCUCGAAUUGGAAAGGUCAGGGUAAUGUUUGCCAAGCUCCAACACCUAUGGCGCUGGCGUGACAUCAGUUUGUGUGCUAAGAAUAAGGUGUUCACUGCGGCGGUAAGAUCCAGGCUGUUUUAUGGAUCAGAAACGUGGCCUCUACGGCAAAGGAUGUAUGGAAUUUUGGUCUUUUGUGAGUAUCGAGUUUACGAUACUGAGGUGCGCCAGAUGGUUUUGGGAAAAAGGAACCCCACCGCGAUGGAAGCUUGCAGUUUACGCUGGUUGGGAUAUGCACCUCGCACGCCAGAGGAUCGUAUUUCUCGCGAAGCUCUCUUUGACGAAGCCUAUGCUGACUUCACUUGGGAUAGAUUUUUAUCUAAAUUGGACCAUAUGAGACCAAAUUUGAGCAAGAGUGUGACUGGUCAAACGACGCAGUUGUACUCGGGACUAACAAUGAGCAUCAAUCGUGCGACCCUCCCUAGCGUUCCGUUCUUCGUCCCGCCUAAUCAAACGCCUACUGCUUCUGAAGGUGUUUCCUCUUUUGUUGGACAGGAUGAUCCAGCGGUGGAAACAAAUUCUUCUGCUACGAUAUCUAGCGCUUCUUUGAGUGGCGCGCCACUGCCUCCUAUUGAAAUGCCACCUUCACAUGGAUCCGCAACUCGCUCAGGUCCGCGCUCACGUUACGUGCUUCCUCCAGGAAUACAGACCACUCAUUCUGCUGUGGAGCCCGUUGUGCCAAGUCUGCCUCCGCCUACUCAUCUGCCCAUGACAGGAACACAAGUGUCUCCUGGGCUACCUCACCCGAAUGAACCGAUUUCCCCACCAACUUCGAUGGCUUUCGUUUCGGAACCGCAUGCGAAUCAGGCAACUUUCACUGGAUUACCUGCCUGCCAGCCAGUGACAGCCACUUGGUUUUACGCGACGGUUGUGAAUCAAUCCAGAAUAUGGUGGCCGUUUUCUCGCUACGACAAUUCCCGCAUCGAGGCCGAAGCUUUCAGUUCAUUCAGUUGCGCCAGUCCAUCGUCUUCUGAAACCCUUGUAACUGCUGAUGAAUCAAAGGAUGAUAUAGUGGUUCCUGUUGAGGGUGGGCGGUAUGAUGUGUAUGUCAAUCGUCGAGAGCGUCGCGCCGUCUACUGGGAUGAACCAGUGACCGAAGUCCGCCGGGCUACUUGGUUUUAUCGUUCUCCCAAUGAGGCUCGUGUGUUGCCGUUCUCUGAGCGUAUGUGUGAUCUUCUGGAGGUACAAUACAAACUGACUCUUGAGAACAAUCUAUGGGGCCAGCGUUUUGAAUUGCCCUCGGAAGAUCCGCGUGGUGGGACUGAUUAUUUCAUUUUUCACAAUCCACAGUCAAUGAUACAGUACCGUGCAUGGCCUUAUUCAAGUGUUACCGCGCCUGGUGCAUCGACCGUAAUCACGAAGAAGACACCCUCUUCUUCGGAUGAUCUUCGCCCAAAGGCUAUCUCUACCCUUAGCGAGGCUGAGCACGAUAGUCGGGUUUGUUUUAUACGUCGUGGUUUAGAUGAACAGUUGACACAACAGUUGGAAGAGGGCGAGUUUCUUCCCGUGGAUCACGUCUACUUUGUUGUCCAUGGAAUCGGGUCCGUCCACAACUUGAGAGGAGAAGGUUUGGUUGAGUGCGUGAACGGAUUGCGUCGGACCGCUCGCCAAAUUGCUCGUAGUCAUUUUCCGCAUCACGAUGGUCGCGCCGAGUUCAUUCCGAUCAUGUGGCAUGACAAUCUUCACUCGGAUGCCACUGGUGUGGACGAACAACUCAGUCAGAUAACGUUGCGUAGCAUACCCAAGUUGCGCCAGUUCACCAACGGAACGCUGACUGACAUCUUGUUCUACACUAGUUCCAGAUAUUGUCAAGUGAUUGUGGACGCUGUGGCCAAAGAUAUUUGCCGCUUUCGGGAACUGUUUUUGGCUAGGAAUCCGAACUAUACUGGUGGAUUUUCUAUAAUUGGACAUAGCUUGGGAUCGGUGAUUGUGUUUGAUUUGCUGGCACAUCAGCGCUUACCCUCACAGACUAUACCAGAGGUUGAUUCUGCUGAAAUCCCUGAAACCUCCUCAGAAGACAAUGAUCCUGACAAUGACCAUCCUGUAGAGGAUCGUACAAAUGAGGAAAUGACUACAGAUAAAAGUGAGCAAAGCAGUAGCACCGGAGGAGAGACUGAAUGUUGGUCACUGGUCGGUCAUGAAGACAGCGGAAAGCAGAGUCUUUCCGAUCUUGGACGUCCCGGUAACGGGGCUGAGGUUGGUAAAUUGGGGAAUGAUGCUGAUGUCAAUAGGUUGAUAGAGUUGUUGGUACAAACCGGAUUGACAGAGAACCAGACCAGCCAAGUGAUACGCACGUGGUUAAAUGAGAAAACCAAGCAACCACGUGUUGGCCGUGCAAAUCAAACUGACCUCACUUCCAACAAUAAAUCGGUCCAGCUCCCGUCUCAUUCGUUUUGGUUGGAAGGCAGUGCCCAAUCACCUGCUUUGGCAGCCGGAUUCGGAAUGCCGGUUGUAAUCUACCCCCAACUUGGAUUUCCUAUCACUGCAUUCUUCAUGCUGGGCUCGCCUUUGCCUCUCUUUCUGACCGCCAGAGGAAUUAAGCAACUAUCCACCGAUUAUCACCUACCUACGUGUCCUAUGUUUUACAACGUUUUCCAUCCGUUUGAUCCAGUGGCCUACCGGAUGGAAACUUUGGUGGAUUCGACUUUUCAGCCUCGUGCAGUUCUCAUGCCUCACCAUAAAGGACGGAAACGUUUGCAUCUUCAACUACGUGAUAACUUGGCUCGCGUAGGUGCCGAUUUGAAAGCGAAAUUAUAUCAAUCAGUACAAUCGACUUGGAAGUCGCUUCAAGAAUUCGCCAUUUCACACGGGUUUUUCGCCAAUCAGACUGAUGAGUCUGAUAGCCACGGCACUGGAGAUGACGAUGAACAAACUAACGUCUUCAAGCAACUUCUAUCACGGCUGGACAAUCAGCCCGGUGAGCGUGACGACGCCGAGUAUCCUUCAUCCGAAACGGAGCUGAGCUUUAGCAGUCAGUUGAACCAAAGGCGACGUAUAGAUUUCGUACUUCAAGAAGCACCGCUGGAGAGCUUCAGCGACUACUUGUUCGCCCUAGGUAGUCACGCUGCUUACUGGGAGUCUGAGGACACUGCAUUGUUUCUACUCUCAGAAGUCUAUUCUCUGAAAUCGGUGGUGCCCGUUGGACAAAAGCAACUUGAGUCCUCUUCUGUAGCUGGGGAAUGCAGUUUCAUCCCGCCCACUGUAUCGCAGGACAACUGCACUCUGCCCACUCCAUCUGCUCCGCACGAAGCUCGACCGUCUUUCCCCACAACCCAAACGCAGUCCGUUUCGUUUUCUUCGGUUUCCAGUCCCGUGUUUACACCUCAUUUUAACACCAGUGCGACUGUUCCACCACUUUACACAGGCAUAUCGACAACCUAUUCUCAGCCUUCUACCUUCGAUUAUUCACAAUACUCCAAUCCCUCCUCAGGUUCAUCGAUUGCCCAGUCGGUGAAUACCACAAUAGCACAGGUCUCGCCACCUUGCCCACCGUUACCACCUCCACCUGGUCACUUGUCACAACAAACCCCCAAGGAUAUUCGGCCUUCGUAUUUUCCUGCCUAUCAGCAUCACAAAACGAGGAAUACUGCAACCCGGCCACCAGCGGCACUCGCACAGUUAUAUCAACCCACCGCUACAGAGCGAGCGCCUACGCCGGCUCUUCAGACAAACCUGAUCGCCUCCCAGCUUGCAACGUCUUACAACUCGAAUAACCCAAUAUUCCCUGCACCCCUUCCACCUGAUGUCUUCCCUGUAGAUCCUGGGACUAGCAUGCCACAUCAUUACUCUCCGGCUGCAGCACAUUUCAUCGCUACGACGACUUCUGAUCUGACGUUUUCAAACCCUAUACCGUCUGCCUCAUCGAUGACCGCCUUGAUGCCGCCGACCGCGUUUCCUGGUCCUUAGUCCUUAGAUCGGAAUGAAGGUUUCUCUCUUCCCAUUUGCUGUGUUGUAUGACCUUGAUUUUUCGUUUCAUCGUAGUUUAUGUGCAUGGAAUUGGUGGUUUUCCAAUACCCGCCACUAUUAGUUCGCACAUAUCUGUGAUUCUUACGUCUGCCAAUCGCCCAUCAACUUGUCCAUUCGACUAAUUUGUGACCUCUGAACAAUUGUCAGUUCUUUCUUUGUUUUGUUUCCGGGUUCGGUUUCUACGGUUUUUCGUACGGACUUUUAUUUGCCCGACGUAUUUAAUAACAGCUGUCGUUUCAAUCAAUCAUGUUUAUCUGUUUCAAUCAUAACUUUGAGGUCUAC